GUAAACGCACCCGGAAGUGAGAGGAAGAAGGUGAACAGCUGCGGGUAAACAUGGCUCGUUCGUUACUGUGCAAAGCUGUCGGUGUUUUGCAGCUGAGCAGGACACCAGCACCGCUGACAGGGACCCGGUUUUACUCCCAAACGGAACCGGAGCCACUGACGGUGAGACAGCAAAGCAACGGAAUAAGGUGCAGUAACAAAAAAGUGUCUAAAUGCAGCAUUGACAGGUGUGCUCAGGUAGAUUUUAUCAUAUACUAUGUAUAAUUCCGCUUUUUUUUGAAGUACUAAGUACUUUUUACAAGUAGUAUUAAAAUCCGUGCUUUUCACCUAAAUACGAGUACCUUUCGUGUUUUAACAGUGUACUUCAGCAGAUUUGUUUGGUCCAAUCCUGCGUCUUAUGGACUAUUUCUACUCAUGAAUGAAAUCGAAAACCGAUCAUAAGUGUUUGUUUAAAGUCAUUCUGUUUCGUCCUUCAGGAGAAUAAUACUGAACAAUCCAAAGAAGAGAAAUGCUCUGUCUUUGUCCAUGUUGGAGUCUCUCAGAGAAAAUAUCCUAACUGAAGCCACCAGCGAUGAUCUCAGAGUUAUUAUUUUAUCAGGUAGGUUUUUUUAAUUGGAUUUCUGUGUUUUAAGAACUAAAAAGUACCAUCCUGACCUUCAAACUCUAGUUGCUUUCUUGAUUGUUUACCAGCCAAAGGUCCGGUGUUUUCCUCUGGACAUGACCUGAAAGAGUUGACGUCAGCUCAGGGCAGAGAGUAUCAUACAAAGGUGUUUCACACCUGUUCAGAGGUCAGUACCUUUGUGGUCCUUUUUUUCUCUCUCACUAUAUUUUCUGUACUGUCCUCACUUUCUUUUAGCUUUGAAAAUUUAAAACCACAUCAACUUCUCUGAGUCUUACCCGUCUCUGAUAUAAAUAAUGCUUGUAAAUACUUGUACUUAAAAGCUUAAAUACUAACCAUAGGCACUCGCUUCUUUAAAAAAUCCCAGCUGACCAUCUUGUCAUGUGUCACAUUCCUCAUAUUUUUAUCAAACUACACAAUGACAUUUUUAAUCAUACUAUACUGUAACAGGUUUUUUUUAUCAUAAUAUAGACAUUUUUUAUCAUACUAUACUGUGACGUUUUUUCAAACUGGAAUUUUAAUUUUUAUCACACUUUACUAUGGUCCAAUUUUUUUUAUUAUUUACUAUGACAUUUAUCAAUACUAUAAUUUCAAUUUAUUUUUAUCAUACUUUACUUACAAGUUUUGAUACUUAAAUGUAAAUUUUUUUAUCAUACUAUACUAUUCCAUUUUUUAUCAAAAUAAACUUUUUUUUCAUACUAGACCAUUUUUUUAUACUAAAAUGAGAAUUUUCUUUUCAAACUAAAAUAUGUAAUUUUAAACACACUAUACUAUUACAUUUUUAUCAUACUUUACUAUGACAUAUUUUUCAUACUGAAAUAUAAAAUUUUAUUUUGCACUAAAAUUAAAUUUUUUUAACAUACUAUACUAUGACAUUUUUAUCAUACCAUACUAUGAAAUUUUCUUUCAAAAAAAUUAUACAAACGUUUUUCAUACUUAAAUUUGAGAUUUUUAAACAUACUUUACUAAGAUAUUUUUAUCUUACAAUACUAUGACAUUUUUUAUGCUUAACUAUGUAAUUUUAAUACUUAAAUAUUAAAAAAAAGUUCACACUAAAGUAUGAAAUUUUGUAGAUACUAUUUUGACUUUUUUAUCAUACUAAACUAUGAAAAUUUUUCAAACUAAUAUAUAAAUUUUUUUUCACACUAAAAUUUUAAAUUUUUAACAUACUAUACUAUGACAUUUUUGUCAUACUAUACAAGACAUUUUCUGUCAUACAAAUAUAUAAAAAAUUUUGUCACACUAAAAUUUCAAAAUUUUAACAUACUUUACUAUGACAUUUUUAUCUUACUAUACUAUGACACUAUUAUCAUGCUUUACUAUGACAUUUUUUAUACUUAAAUAUGAAAAAAAAUCACACUAAAAUAAAGUUUUUAACAAACUAUACUAUGAUAUUUUUUCAUACUAUUCUAUGACUUUUUUUCCUAUUAAAAUAAGAUUUUUUUUUUACACUAAAAUAAGAUUUUUUUUAUCAUGCUUUACCAAACCAAUCAAAUAUCAAAAAUAAUUAUCAAAAUAAACUAUGACAUUUUUCAUUAUACUUAACUAUGACAUGUAGUCAUACUGAAAUUUGAAAUUUUUAUUAUACCAUUCUAUGACAUUUUAAUCAUACUAUACUAUGACUUUUUUUUAACACACUGUACUAUGCCAUUUUAUUUUACUGAAAUUUUAAAAAAUUCAUACUAUACUUUGACAUUUUUAGAUACUCAAAUGUCAGAUUUAAUAUUAUAAUUUAGACAUUUAUAUUCUAAAAUUUGAAAUUUAUAUUAUACCAUACUAUACAAACUACACAAUGACAUUUUUUAUCAUAGUAUACUAUGACAUAUACUAUGUCAUAUGGCCAAAUUCUUACUUUCUGUAACAGUAUUAAUGCAUUUAAAUAUUCAGAGUUCAUUUAUUGUAAUUGUUUAACACAUCAGAGGUGGUGGUGCCAGUGUAAAGGUUUAUUUAAAUAUUACUUGUCUUUAAUUUACAUAUCUCAUAGGUGAUGACUCUGAUUCAAGACAUACCUGUCCCAGUGAUCGCCAUGGUAAAUGGAGUUGCCACGGCAGCUGGUUGCCAGCUUGUUGCAAGCUGUGACAUUGCUGUGGUUACAGAAAAGUCCACCUUUGCCACGCCUGGUGUCAACGUGGGUCUGUUCUGCUCAACACCAGCUGUGGCCAUCGGCAGAGCCGUGCCAAGAAAGGUAAAAGUCAAACAAUCCUCGCUGAACUUUCUAUCAUACAAAGUAAAGUGUUUAAUUUCAGGUUUUGGUGAUAACAGCAGCUGCUGAAAAAUAAUAUUGAGUCACUUUGGGCUCUUUUUUAACAGGUUGCUAUGGAGAUGUUGUUUACAGGAACUCCCAUCUCAGCCCAUGAUGCUUUGCUGCAUGGUCUGGUCAGUAAGGUGGUGCCAGAGGAACGGCUAGAAGAGGAGACAUUGGCCAUUGCCCAGCGGGUCUGUGAAGCCAGCAGACCUGUAGUAGCUCUUGGCAAGGCCACUUUCCAAAGGUGAGAAUAUGUAAGACCCCCUUAAACCUUUUUUUCCUUGUUAUCAUGUAUAAUGUAAAAACCAUCUAAAUAAAUCCACGUUUAACAACAGAAUCUCAUCAAAUUGAACAUAGUAAUGCAGAUUUACCAAAUUUAGGAUGUCUUAUGUUCAGAUUUUCAAAAGAUAAUGAUUUUAACCUCUGUGUUCUCCCAAGACAAAUGGCUCAAGGUCGAGAUGCAGCUUAUGCUACUGCAUCAAAAGUGAUGGUGGAUAACCUGGCUCUAAGAGAUGGACAGGAGGGAAUCAGAGCCUUCAUCGAGAAACGCAAACCAGUGUGGAGCAACAAAGCCGAAAAAGCCCACGACUGAUGGACUGAUGGAGAAGACUUUAUUCAAGAGGAUCAAUGCAAUGACGAAAGGCUCAACCUGACUGAUACAUGACUUUUGGUUUGGCGCACUACAAUAAGCACCGGUUCUGAGGUAUUGUGCAAUUUAUGCUGUGUAAAUGUGUAUAUGUAAUUAAUGAAAGUUUGAUUUUUUUUUUAUUUUUUUUUCUUAAUUUUUGCAAGUCAGUGAAACCACUGUGUGCCUUAAAAGCUGCUUUGAGAAAAUGGAAUUUAGUUUUACCACCCAGAGGACCCUAGAUGAGAAAUUAUAAAAUAGACUUUUUAAAUUAAUAGAAAAUAAAUUCUGUUGUUUGUUUGUUGUCUGACAAAUCCAAUAAAUAUAUUACAAUUUGGAUGGAGUGGUUUUUAAUUUCUUUUAUCCAGAAAGUGGAAGAAUGAAUCAUUUCCCCCUUGAAAAGUUGAGACUUUGUAUAAUCUGUGUUUGAAAUAAAAACAACAAAGAUACCCAUUAUGGAUUUUUCCACAUA